AUUUGAAAGUUUGAGAUUCCUUAUACGAAGACCUUUUCUCAUAUAUCUAAGAACACGAGAACCACCAAAAUGAGAAAAGAGUUAGUCCAAGCCAAAACGAUUUUGACUCCAUGAAAAUCCAGACGGUGGGGCAUCCUUAUCUUAACAAUCACAACCUGAAGUCCGACGUAGCCUUAUCCACAUUUCAAUUUCAACAACACACACUCUCUUUCUAUCCUUCCGACCACCAAAAUAUAAGAAAUUUUUUCUUCCUCAUCCUCCUCCAACCCAAAAUUUAGCUUCAAUUUCAUUCCUCUGUAAAACCAUGGCAUCUCUGUGUUCAUUUCCGCGCAUUUCCUCCACAGAACCCAUCAAACAAUCGCCCGCCGUCGCCCCUUUUCCGCCCUCCAACCACUCAAUAAAACCGUCCACCCUAUCCCUCCGCCAAAGCAGCCGCAAUCACAAGAGAAUUUCCACAGUGGUCGCCGCCGUUGGAGACGUCUCCUCCGACGGCACCACAUACUUGAUCGCCGGCGCCAUUGCUGUGGCUCUCGUCGGUACCGCCUUCCCCAUCCUCUUCUCUCGCAAAGACCUGUGUCCGGAAUGCGACGGUGCAGGGUUUGUCCGGCGAUCGGAGUCGGCGCUGAGGGCAAAUGCGGCUCGCAAAGAUCAAACUCAGAUCGUUUGUGCUCGUUGUAAUGGGCUUGGCAAGCUCAACCAAGUGGACAAAUAGAUUAAAACCUGCCUUUUCUUUUUCCCUUCAGUAAAUUACAUUAUUAUUUAUAAAUGUGAAUGUAAUAAAAUAUGUUUCUACUCCAUGGAUUUUGAGACUUAAUAUUAUAAAUUCUCGGAGAUGAAGAAUGUUGUUGAUCAGAG